GAACGAUAAUCGAUUACUGGCACACAACAGAACAGUGUGUUUGAAGGGACGGUAAUUUAGUUUGGUGUAUCAGCAGGAACAUAAAAAGUUGUAGUGGCUUAUUUGGGUCUUGUGUGAUGCGAGGUGGGACAUAAAUGAGUUGCUCCAGCGUAUCUCCUGGGUGGCCACGACACGGUGGUCGAUCAGACUGAGAUCAUAGUUGGUAGUAGCAUUGGAGUGUGAGGGCCAUUCUACAUCUUUAGCUUUCUGUCAUGUUUCUCGACCCGUUCGUCAAUCAUUUUUGGGGUGUGGCAGGGUGUGUUGUCCUGCUGGAGUGGCCACUGCCACUAGGUAAAGCUGAGUUUACUAUAUCAAGCGAUCCUCCCACAUCUUAUUAACUAUUUAACUCACUACUUCAGGCUGCAGCUGGCCAGUCAUUUGUUUGUGUACAUUUGUAUUGAUUUGGGAAGCAUGACAAAGUCAAACUCACAGGUGUUGCCAGGGAAACAGAUUUACUGCUUGUGAAAAACUUUAUGUUUUCAUCAUAAAACACAGUAAAAUACACACAAAUUCACUUAAGUGUUAUAUUCUUUGUCAAGUGACCAUGAUAUAAGCAGCUUAAUGCCCUUUGAAGUCAGGAGCCUCCGCAAAAUCCACUGGUUCAGACCUCCAUAUCGACCAUUAAGUCCUCAUAAUGGAAACCUCGUCCCUUACACAUCAUAGGCUCACACUGCCAUCUUGUGUUCUUUCCACAGAAUGAUUUCAAUAUAGAAUGAACAGAAAUGUGGUGCGAAGGGAAACAUUUGACAGUAUAAAUGUUUAUAUAUGAUUUAUAUUUUCAGAUCAGAAUUCCAGGUUUGUUUCCCAGUUAAUGAAUUGUACUAUAUUGUGUUUGUCAUUCAAACACUGCUUGUUUGUUUUCCACAGACUAAUUGCUAUUUUUUUUUACUCACUCACUGAUUGUGUAACUGUUUGCAAAAACUUAUAUUAUUUCUGUUCAUCUGUUGGUCCCAAUUUCUCAUUAACAAUUGAUUUCAUGGACUAUGAUGAUGAUGCGACUCAAGAACAAAUGUGAAAUAAAGAAGUGAUAAUUGACUAUGAAAAGGGAACGAUCCUUUGGCAUCACACGAACAUGCCCUUUAUGCAACGAACUGGAAAGUUUUCUUUGUGGAAGUGCCUAAAACUGUUUUUGAAGGGGAAGUGUUGACUAGCAUGGUGAUAAAAGUGUGGUAAACUCUCUCUCCCUCCAAAUGUAAUCAGACUACUUUUACUGGCACGGUGUGCAGUUGAUUGGAAUAUGUCAAAGAUUUUUAAUUUCACCGGUUUUGUUGAUGAUGCAACUCAAGAACAAAUAUGAAAUAAAAGACUUGGCAUGAGACCUAACCUUUGUCAGAGUACUUAUUUACAUGUUCAUUUGACAUAUGUCAAUAUUUUCCCAUGAAAUUAGAGUCUUAUACUGAACUAGUUGUGGACACAUUGACAUAUACAAUUUCAAAUGGCUGUAGAUCAGGAAAAUGCUAACUAACAAUUGUCCAAUAUAGUUUUAACAAGUACAGUUUGUUUGUCACAAACUGCCUGGAAUGUCCCGACAUGGACUUGGCAGGCGAGACACAACACUGUUACAGUAGGUUCUUAUCAAAGUACCACAAACCAGAUCAGUUACAUUCCAAAGAGUUUCCAAUGAGUGUAGUGUGUCCUACAGUUUGAAAUAAGUGCUGCCAUUUCCAGUAAAUGGUGAAGAGAGUGGGAGGGGCAGUGACUGAAGAAGGCAGACAAGCAUCCUUGUAAUGCAGGAGGGUAAGCUACCGAGAUUUAUAAGCAGCACAGUAACAAAGGCUGACAAACUAUCUCUUUUGCUGGUAGAUGGAGGAUAAUGUCUGAUUUUUCUGUAUAUUAUAGACACAGGCAAGUAUAGAAUUCAACAUAGACAAAAUAAUUUAUUGGAAAAUAGCCACAAUGAAUUUAUAUUUAAGCUGUCCAUUAAAGGAGAUGUAUCUGCUGUUGAAGGUAAAUGGUGUGUCUGUUUUGGCUGAGCUGUAGCCGCAGCUCUAAAAAGAAAAGCUCUGUGGUGCGAGCUGCAAAAUGUGUUUCACUUUCAUCACUAUGAACAGCUGAACAGGCUGGCCAUUAGAUCAGCAUGUGCUUUUCUCCAUCUACUAAAAAAUACCUCUGUCAUUGUAACAAGCACAAGACCUUUAGUUUCACUUUCAUUGUGAGUCACGAUGCAGCUAUUUGUGGGCGAGGUUUGAUGCAUUAUAAAAGCAGCAGCAGGAGCAGACAGUCUGAACUCGGCAUCUUCACUUCAGCUGCUCUAUCUACUCGGUACUCUUAAACCCAAACAUGGCCACAAACUUAGGAUCAACCAGAUCAAAUAAUGCAGAGCUGAGGAUAGUGAUGGUGGGGAAGACAGGAACUGGGAAGAGUGCCACUGGAAACACCAUUCUUGGACGACAAUGCUUUGAAUCAAAGUUCUGUGCCAAGUCUAUGACUGUAGACUGUUCUAAGGGCAAAGCCAUAGUGGGUGGCCAACAGGUUGCUGUCAUUGACACCCCAGGCCUGUUUGACACCAGGUUUGGUAUGGAUAAGACAGCUAAAGAUCUGGGCCAGUGCAUCUCUUAUGCUUCUCCUGGACCUCAUGUGUUCCUGGUGAACAUCAGGCUGGGGAGAUACACUGCUGAGGAAAUGCAGACCGUGCAAAAGAUUCAAGAGAUCUUUGGCCAAGCAGCAGACAAAUACAGCAUGGUUCUCUUUACUGGUGGUGACCUACUUGAAGACAGCCCUAUUGAGGACUUCCUAAAUGAGAGCGAAGAUCUUCAACAGCUGGUGGCCAGAUGUAACAACCAGUACCAUGUCUUCAACAAUAAGACAAAGGAUCCCUCUCAGGUCACUGAGCUGUUCGAGAAGAUCAGACAAAUAACCCGGAAGAACGGAGGAAGCCACUACACCAACGAGAUGUUCCAAGAGGCCGAGAGGAAACUAGAAGAGGAGAAACAACGCAUCCUAAAAGAGAAAGAAGAGAAAAUUCGAAAAGAAAAAGAGGAAGUGGAGCGAAAACUUCAGAAAAAAUAUGAAGAACAGAUGAAGAAAAUGAAUGAGCAACUCCAGGCUGAGAGAGAGAGGGAGAGGAAACAGAGAGAGGAGGAGAUGGAGAGGAUGAAGCUGGAGAUGAAUGAGGAAAGACGGAGGGAGAGGGAAGAGAGAGAAAUAGAGCGACAGAAAGAGAGAGAGGAGAGAGAAAAGGAGACCACAGACAUGAUGCAGAGAAUGAAGGAAGAUCAUGAGAGAGCACUGCAAGAGGAGAGAAACAGGGUGCAGGCCAGGCAUGAAGCAAUGGCCAGAACAGAAGCUGAGCAUCACAAUCCAUUUGGUGGUUUUCCUUGUGUAAUUUUAUGAGAUAAAGAGAACAUGAAGCUGUUCCUGGAGCCUUUACCAGUGAGUGGUCUUAGAUCCAGAUAGUUGAACCAGUGGCUCCUACACACAGGAACAUACAAUAUGAAAUAACAAAAAAAAUAUUAUCACAGAACUACAAUCACAAUUUUUUUCUAAUUAUCUGAAUAAGUGAUGAAGCUAAUUUUAUUUGCUGAAGUUGUGUUCUACACUGCAUGUUAGUCACUCACAUCAUAGUCUAACGUUAUGAUCUAGUGUUGUUUCCGCAGGAUUCUUUGGAUCAUGAAGGAAGAGAAAUGUGAUGUGUAGGGCAACAUUUGACAGUAUAACACGUUUGUCUAUCAUUUUAAAUUUAAAUACCACAUCAUAACUCAAGGCUUGUUUUCCAUAUAAUAAAUCCCAAGUUUUUUCUUUUGAUUGUUAUUUAACAACUGCAUUUCGUUUCUGUAGACUAAUUUUCUCCUACUAGCACACUAAAUCUGUGGCUGUUUGCAAAUGCAUUUAUCAUAUGGUUUGUUGUCUUGUUGGGCACAAUUUCACUGGCUCUGUUGGCAACUCAAGCAGAAACAUGAAAUAAAGAUGUGAUAGAAGAAGA